GUUGUUGUUGCCCUGUUGCAGUCAAUUUUGCGUGCGUGACAGCUUGAUUGCGAACUAGUUAUCCCUGAAGUUUUAGUUCAGCCAAGAAGCAUGUUUAAAAAUGUCUGAUAUACAACAACAAUCUGGUGUACCAGAAGAAGAAUUACGGUCUAGUGUUAAUAUUGAACAGCUAUUUGACAUUAGCAGGUGGGCUAUUUCUGAUAAAAAAGAAAUAACAAAAUAUCUCACCAAAAUUAAAGAAAAGAAUGGAAUCUACAAAGUUGCCUUAUACUUCCCUUUUGGAUUUCUUUUAUUCCUCAUGCGGUUAGUUGCUUACAUCGUGGGGGUUGUUACUGUAUCAUUAUUGCCAAGAUCGUCAUCUUUCAGAUGUAAAAUUUCAAGUGGAAUUUGCAAGGUCUUGGGGAUUGUUGUAAAGAUUGAUGAUAAGUAUUUAGAUGAUUCAACUAAAUUGCUAGUUGCAAAUCAUGUGAGCAUUCUAGACAGAAUGGCUGUCAAUUCUUUCAUCCCAUGUAAUAUAAUUACGAAUAAUUUCCAAGUGGAUACAUACGCUCUUUUCUUUUGGAGAGAUGUUGAUACUAGCCAGCUGAGAGAACCACAAAGCAGUGAUAUUGGUAUCCUGCAGAAGUGUAUUGAAGAGUCACCUAUACCCUCAUUAAACUUCCCAGAAUGUGCUACAACAAAUGGCAGAGUUGGUAUUCUUAAAUUUCAUCCAACUAUUUUUUCAUUGAAUUUUCCUGUUCAACCUGUACUAAUAGAAAUAUCCCUGUCUUCUUUUGUGAAUGUUCAUUCUUCUGUUCUUGGAAGUUCAGCUUGGUCAGAUAUGUUCUGGUUACUUUUUUUCCCAAGUACAUUUUAUACAUUGAAGGUAUUACCAAGCAUGAUGAAAAAUCCUGAAGAACCUGUGAAUGAAUUCAGCAAGAGAGUACAGCAAACUAUGUCAAAUGCUGCUGGGUUAAGUUCUUGCAUCUACUCAUUUGCUGAUAAAGCAGAACUAAUAAAACGAUUAAGGACUUCAAGAUCAUCAUCAGCUUCUUCCACUUCAACAAAUGUAUCUAACAUUGCUGCUCAAGUUCCUCAUUCUUCUACAGACCAAGAUAUGAAUGCAUUAUUACUGAAACACUUCCAUGAAAAGCUUACAUUAAACACAGCUGCAAAAACAUUCGGCAAAUCACCUAAAGAGCGAAUGUUAUCAUAUCAGGAACGAAAAACAUUGUUAAUUGCUGCAGCCAAAAGAAAAUACAUGGAAAAACAAGGUCUUCUAUAAAAUUUUUAUUAUAAAUCCUCACUUCGAUUAACAUGUAAAAUACUCAUUCAAAACUUGAUAUUUAUCAGAUUUAUGAUGAGAACUCAAAGUAUGUACAAAUGGAAAAGAGGAGAUCGUUUUUAUAGAUAAAAUGUGAUUUUUAUACAUGAAUAACAUAUCCAAGUAUUAUAUUUAUCUUUUUUUUUUUUUUCUGUUUUUGGGCCAACCAUCUUAAGCAUUAAAUUUAUUAUUUAAAACUUGUUCACCUGUAAGUUUAUUUAUGUAUCUCCAACAAAAAUUGAGAUUUUUUUAUUCUUAUUUCAACUUUUUGAUGUAUUGCAUAGCAUUAAAUGAUUUCAUGAAUGUCUGAAAAACAUCCACAGCAAGAAAUUUUGAUUAACUUUUUUUGUUGUAUGGAACUGCAGUAAAAGAUCGCUUAAAUCAACUUCACUGUAACAUGCUUUUUUAAACUAAGCAUUUAUAUACUAUCCAUGUUUUGUUUGUGAGUUGUAAAAGUACUAAUGGCACUUUUUUUAUAAUUUAAAAAAAAAAUCAACCGUUCAAAAAUAGAUCUUUGGUUGAAUUAAUUUGAGCUUUUUUUUUAAGAAGCAUUUUUUCAAAGGAAACUCAUGUGCCCAGUUUUUGUUCCCAAUAGCACAUGUUCAUUAAAGCUUGGGUUCUUCAAAAU